AUACUUUAAUUUUUAGUAGGUAUUUGGAUAGGAGGCGAGAAGGGGGAGAGAGAGAGAGAUGGCGAAAUUCUCGUUAGUGGGUGAUGAAGAAGAUGGGGAAGGACCCAGUGAUGCGCGACGCAAGAGGCAGAGGACCUCCUCUGCAUCUGCAUCUGCAUCUACCUCUACCUCCAAUGGAGUCGGAAUUACCUUUGAAGAGAACCAACCACCUCCUCAACCCUUGCCUUUAACUGUUGACCAACACGAACAAGAAGAGGAAGGGGAAAGCGAAGAAGAAGAAGAAGAUGGUGGGUAUGGUGAACAAGAGGCAGAAGAACGAGAUCCAGAAGAGGAAAUUGAAGAGAUUGAUCAAGUACCCUUUUCCACACUCAGAGUCGUUACGCGAAGCAGAUCUUCCUCUAACUCCAUUGGAUUAUCUUCAGCUGCUAACCAGGCAGGCUCCAUUUCCGUAAAAUUGACCGACCCAGAUGUCCUUGAUUGCUCUAUUUGCUACGAGCCUUUGGCAAUUCCCGUCUUCCAGUGUGAGAAUGGACAUGUGGCUUGCUCUUCUUGCUGCGGCAAGAUUGAACAUAAAUGCCCUUCCUGCUCAUGGCCUAUUGGCUAUAAUCGUUGCCGAGCUAUAGAAAAGGUUUUGGAAGCUGUUAGAAUAUCAUGCUCAAACACAAAAUAUGGUUGCAAAGAAUUAGUGAGGUACAGUGAUAAAAAAAGCCAUGAGAGUACAUGCAUACACUCGCCUUGUUCAUGCCCCCAUCCGGGUUGCAAUGUUGUCUCCUCAGCUGGGAACUUAUACCAGCACUUUCGCUGUAAACAUGUGGAUUGUGCUGUACGCUUCCAGUACAACCGCACUUUUAAUGUGGCAUUAGAUGCUAAUGAGAGAUUUCAGAUUCUUCAAGAACAGGAUGAGGGUGUCAUUUUCUUACUUAACAAUAGCGCUGAACUUCUUGGGAAUUUAUUGACGGUUAGUUGUAUAUGGCACUGCUCAUUCAGUGGGUUCUUCUAUGAUAUUGUUGCAAAAAGCCAGGGAAACUCUCUUCGAUUACAAUCUUUCACAGAAUGUACUAAGAGACGUUCAAAUAGCAUCCUGGUCACAACAGGGUUCCUUCUUGUACCUCAAAAUUUUCGCAAUUCUAGCAAUGAGCUGAAGUUGGAACUCUGCAUAUGGAGUAAAGAUUCAUUUCCAAGAAACUUCCAAAGAAGUAUCAAUGAUCUUUAACUUAUCUCAGUAAUAUCUAUGGUUAGAAUUAUACAGAAUGUGACAUAAAAUUUUUAUUAUCUAUUAUGUUUAUGAUCAGAGCAUAUAUAUUUGUAAGUA